UGCGCGGGUACCGGACUGCCCUCAGCUCCGCUCCUCCGCCAUGGCCGCCUAUCGCCUCGUCCUCGUCCGCCACGGAGAGAGUGCCUGGAACCUGGAGAAUCGCUUCAGCGGUUGGUACGAUGCUGAUCUCAGCCCCGCCGGUCAGCAAGAGGCGCGGCGCGGCGGCGAGGCCCUGCGAGAUGCCGGCUACGAGUUCGACAUCUGCUUCACCUCAGUACAGAAACGAGCCAUCCGUACCCUCUGGACAGUCCUGGAUGUCAUUGAUCAGAUGUGGCUACCUGUUAUCCGAACCUGGCGCCUGAAUGAGAGGCACUAUGGGGCCCUCACAGGUUUGAACAAGGCUGAGACGGCAGCAAAGCAUGGUGAGGCACAGGUGAAGAUCUGGAGGCGCUCUUAUGACAUUCCUCCACCUCCCAUGCAGUCUGAUCACCCCUUCUACAGCACCAUCAGCAAGGACCGUCGCUACGCUGAUCUGACAGAGGACCAGCUGCCGACAUGUGAGAGCUUGAAGGACACCAUUGCUCGGGCUCUGCCUUUCUGGAACGAGGAAAUUGUCCCACAGAUCAAAGAGGGCAAGCGAGUCCUUAUUGCUGCUCAUGGCAACAGCCUGCGUGGGAUUGUCAAGCACCUGGAAGGCAUGUCAGAAGAGGCCAUCAUGGAGCUGAACCUGCCCACUGGCAUCCCUAUCGUCUACGAACUGGACAAGAACCUGAAACCUGUCAAGCCCAUGCAGUUCCUAGGGGAUGAGGAGACUGUGCGCAAGGCCAUGGAGGCUGUUGCUGCUCAGGGCAAGGUCAAGAAGUGAGGGGAGGCAAGUUAGCAUGUAGUAGAUAAGCCUCCCCAAUAUCCCCCCACCCCUCUGUGCACACCCCUCACAGCCAUAGAAACUUUGAGCUGCAGAACUGGAGCAGCUCCCCAGAUUAGGUCCGUUCCCUUGGGACCAGGCUCCCCUCUGCAGACAGCCUGGGGCCCAAGGGUGAGGAGCCACACAGGUGGUGUAAACAGGAGGCCUGGCUCUACUAGGCCACAACCAUGCACCUCUCCAUGCUGAGAUUCCAGCCCUUGGGCCCAGUCUGCAGGGGGGUGUGCCAAGUGAUCCCUCACAGUGCCAGGCUCCUCCUCUGCUUUGCUUUCCCAACAGCUCUCCACCUGGUUGCUGUAGUUUUGUCGCUUAUGUAGUCAUCCUGGGAGCAGUGGGGCAAGCACAGCACAGGCAGUGACUGAGAUGGGUACCCAUUCCCCCAUGGGCACGUGGCACAAGGACCAGGAUGGGUAGACAGUGGAAGGGUUGUAUUCUGGUGCAUGCGGUACAGCACCCAAGGGACCUAGCUCUGCCAGCCCCUGCUUUAACUUAUUGCCUUUGGACAAGGGUGGGGGAGGGAGCAAGUGGGCUGUCUGGAAGGUCAUGUCCGCCACAUACUUCCCCCAGGCAAAGCUCAUCCUAGUCCUGUUGGUGACACAGGUGUUGUGCCCCAUCCCAUGUGUGUGUACGUAGCCCUGUCACUGUGGCUUCCCCUGCUGCUGGUGCCGCGAGCCUGGCCUUGCAUAGGGCCGGUGUAACUGUCCGACAUAACAGCUGUCUUGUUCCAGCUCAAUAAAGGAGUCAU